AUUAGAAAUUAAUUAAAUAGAUUUGUGCAAAAAAUAAAAUUGUUUAAAGUUCCUAAAGGAAAGCGAGUUUUUAUAAAGAAAUUUAUAAAAAUAAAAGUUUUAUAAAACAAAAGCAAAGUAAAUAAAAAGAGAGUGAACAAGAUACAAGGGGAAUUAAAGCAUGUUGUUAUAAUAAUAUACACUGUGAGAACUAAGUUAUUUAAUAGUGAUAAAGUACACUGUUAAUACUUAAAUUAAGGGUUAAUAGAGUGUUUUAUAAUAGAUUUAUUAUGAUUUGUUUUUACUCUGCCAUUCUCCUCUAACUCAUUUACAUAUAAUUUUGGUUUUGUAAAAAAAAAGAAUAAUAUUUAUUGAUAAUUGUAUUUAAUCUAUUGAAAAGCAACAAAUACCUACUUAUUGGCUGAAAAGAAAGAAAAUAAUAAAUAUUAUUCUAAAUAUUGAAUUAUAAUUACGAAAUAGUAUAAAAAUUCAAUUAUAAAUGUCGUCUAGUCUAAAGUAUGUUGGUUUAACAGUUUUAAGAUCAACAAAUUUCAAAACAACAACUUUAUCAAUUACUACUAAAUUAACCGCCACCGCAACAACAACAACUGCAACAGCAACAGCUACACGCAAUUAUCAUUUACUCUCUGCUAUUGAUCUAAAUAAUUGGAGAACCCCAACUCAAGAGCAACAACAAAAAUUACCUCAAACAGCUGUCAAAAAUACUUCCUUAUUAAAACUAAUAAACAAAAACUUAGAUAAAACCUGUCUAUCAUUAAGUACUUUUCAUAAAUACAAAAACAUAAUGGAUGCUCCGCCUGGCUUAUUUAAGGGUUCUUUGGAUCGUUUUAAUGGUAUCACUGUAGAUUCUGCUGUUGAAUUUAAUCCAGAGGAUAAUUUUGCUGAAAAAUUAGAAAAAUCUUUGGCCUAUUGGCAGGAACAGAAAAGACGCGCUAUUUGGUUUCAUGUUAAAACGGAACAUUCGGAAUGGGUACCACAUUUAACCAAGAUGAAUUUCGAAUUUCAUCAUGCCAAAAACGGUAUGGUGGUCCUCAAUCGUUGGCUCCCUCAGGAUGAAUAUCCAAAUCUGCCCGUUUAUUCGCACACCAUGUUAGGCGUAGGAGGUCUAGUAGUGAAUGAGAAUAAUGAAGUACUCGUGGUAUCAGAACGUUUCGCCCUUAUACCCAACAGUUGGAAAUUGCCGGGAGGUUAUGCUGAGCCGCAUGAAAACAUAGUUGACGCCGCCAUACGUGAAGUACGCGAAGAGACAGGUGUAGAAAGUGUUUUCAAUACUGUCAUUAGUAUGAGACAUGCUCACGGUGGACCCUUCGGUUGUUCCGAUAUCUAUUGUGUGGUGGCCUUAACACCUACUUCGCUAGAGCUACAGCGCUGUGAACGUGAAAUAGCUAAAGUAAAAUGGAUGCCUUGCGAUGAGUACUUACAACAUCCCAAUGUCCAUGAGACUAAUAGACAUUUCCUAAGAUGUUUUUUGGAUUAUAAAAAACGUGGCAUACGUUUCACCUGUGAACUGGCACAACAUCAAAUAUUGAAAAAGGAAUAUUGUUUGUAUUACAUGAAAGCCAUUGAGCAGGGGGAAAGCGAGAAAAAUGGUAAACAGCAGGAUUCACAGGAAAUGGAAAAACUGUAACAUUUAUUAAGACAAAUUAUGUUUAAUGUUAUAACAUAAAUGUUUUUUGUAAAAUAUUACUAAAGAAAGAAAAAGCUGUGCUUUUAAUUUAACUUUUAUAAAGGAAUUGUAAGUGAAAUUUUGUUUAGUUUA